AUGGCACAGCCUGGCCCCCCACCGACCCAACAAGGCGGUCCACCGCCAGGAAUGCCCCAAUUUCAGCUUCAACCAGGCCAGCAACCCACUCCCGAACAAAUUAGAGCGAUGCAACAACAAAUCGCCGCCGAAGCACAGAAAGCUGGCCUUUCCAUACCCGAAUAUAUCGAGCGAGUCAAACAACAAGCGAUGCGAAACCAACAGAUGCAAAUGCAGGUGCAACAGCAACAACAAAUGCAGCAGCAACAGCAGGGCGGAGGAGAGCGACCGGGCCAGCAGGUUCCAAUAGCACCGGGUCCUCCUAAGCCUGAAGCACUCGCCAUGGCCGCUUUCCUACGAAAUCAGGAUCUCAAGAUGCGAACAUGUAUUUUCCAAGAAAAGCGAAAAGACAUGUUCAAAGUCAAACGUGCGAUCCGUGCCCUUCACACCCCUGCGUACGAGAAGGCACGGAAGAAGAAUCCACUCCUCCCAGAAGUCAAGGACAGAGUCAGCGCGGAAAACGCUUUCAAACUCCUGCCUAUGUCUUUGUUGGCGUUGAGGGUGCUCAAGAUCGAUGAGAGCGCGGGACAUGAAGGACAUAACCAUGGGAAGAAGAAGAGAGUGAAAGGAGUGUGGAAUGUAAAGGUUGAGCCGCAGCAGGAGGCGGGGGAUGAGAUGUAUUAUGUCUGGCUAUACGAGGGCUCGCAAUGGAAGAACAAGCUCUACGCCGCUGGUGCGUUAUUCUUGAUCCUCGCCGUGGUCUUCUUCCCUGUCUGGCCAUACCACUUACGACUUGGGGUGUGGUAUUUGAGUAUGGGUAUGCUUGGCCUCCUGGGUCUAUUCUUCGGCAUGGCGAUUGUGAGGUUGAUACUUUUCUUGAUUACAAUGUUCGCUGCGCCACCUGGAUUGUGGUUGUUUCCGAAUUUGUUUGAGGAUGUGGGGUUCUUUGAUUCGUUCAAGCCUGGUUGGGCGUGGCAUGAGGAUGAAAAGGCCAUCAAGAAGAGGAAGAAGGAGGAGAGGGAGCGGAAGAAGGCGAAGAGGGCGGAAAAGGCGGCGGGUGGUGGGAAGAAGGAGGGAAGUGAGAAGACGCCUUUGCUUGAGGGUGCUGGUGGGCCGCCGCAGAAUGUGUUUCAGCAGCAGCAGGCGACUGCGCCGAAUACUGGUACGCCACAGCAAGGUCAGCCAGUUCCUGCUGGUCUGGUGUCUAAUGUGCCGCCGCGCAAGGCGCAAAUAGAGGAGGUGGAGGACGAUGAGUAG